CUCCCCUCCCCUCCGCUCCCCCUCCAGCCUUUGGGGGCAGCUUCCAGGAAAGGCGGGGGAGGGUCUUCCUGCGGGCCCCGCAGCGCUGGCGGGAAACACGCGGAGGGUCUCGCCCCGCUCUUUCCUCUGUUCCCUCUUUCUCCCGCCUCUCCCUUCCCCGCUGCUCCCGAAGUGCCCUCCCUCGCAGGGGCGUUGUGAACGGCGCCCCCCCCCCAGGUUCCUUGGCCAGCAGCUGCGAAAGAGUUUGCACAGCCGCUUUCCGGCCCGGCCAGAGCUGGAGGGGGGCUUUGGGCCCACCUUUGUGGGGGGAGGGGUGCUUGGAGUGCUCGCCUGGCCCAGCUGUUUGGGGGGAUGGGAGGUGUAGUCCAGGCGGUGCCAAACUGGGCUGCCCUCAAAACCGGUCUGGGGGUCGGUGGUGCCAGGCUGGGGAAAGACGAUCAGGAAAGGUCAUUGGCUAAAUUCGGUUUCUCCCCUUUUCUUCCCAGGUUCUCCCCCCCUCCCGGGGGCUUCUGAAGCAACGUUGGCCCUCCGUCCUGGCCUGCAAGAGGAAAGGGGGCAGGCAGCCUGUGGGGAAAGGUCUCCUGGCAUUUCAUGGUUCGCCCCCUGGACAGUGUCCUCGCCUUGAUCUUCUCUGACAGCCCCCAGCUCCCGGCCAGCCAAGGCGGGGAGACCCCCGGGACCAUGAGUCGCUACAGCUUCUCCAACCUGAUGGACUGGAUGUACGGCGGGGUGGACCCCAGCUUUGCAGGCAACGGUGGCCCCGAAUGCGCCGCCUUCCUCCCUUGGCGGCAGCGCCUGCUGGAGAGCGUGGUCUUCAUGGCCGUGGGCCUCCUGGAGACGGUGGUCUCCCUGCGGAAGAUCGGCCGGAGCACGGCCAAGGAGGCUGCUGAACUCUUGGCCCAGUCCCGGGUCAAGGAGGAAAGCUGGGGGAAAAACAUCUUGCUGGUGACCCUCUGCCUGACCUUUGGGCUUGAAGUGGGAUUCAAAUUUGCUUCCAGAACGGUCAUCUACUUGCUCAACCCUUGCCAUCUGGCCACCAUGAUGCAGAUUUUUCUAUUGGCUUGUCCACCCUGCCAUUUCACAAUGAUUCUAUUCAGGUUGCAAAUGAACAUGCUGAAUGGGGCCCUCCUGGCUCUCCUGUUUCCCGUGGUUAACACUCGACUGCUACCUUUCGAAAUGGAAGUUUAUUACAUUCAACAUGUCAUGCUAUAUGUUGUCCCCAUCUACCUGCUACAGAAAGGAGGUGUCUAUACUCCUGAGCCAUCCUGGAAUUUCUGGUGGCCCUUACUUUCCAACGGACUGAUGUUUGUCUACCACUACAGUUUUUUACAGAUUUUGGGACUGGUCACUGAAGUGAAUUUGAACAACAUGCUGUGCCCGGCUAUUUCGGAUCCUUUCUAUGGCCCCUGGUAUAGAAUCUGGGCAUCCGGGCACCAGUCACUGAUGACCAUGUUUCAUGGAAAACUCAUAACUCUCCUUUUCUAUAAUGCUGUCCCAAUCUUUAAGCUCAGCGUGGAUGUGCUUCAGUCCCCGGAUAAGAAAAUAUCCUGAGACUCCACCCUUGAAGGAAGCCUGGUUUUUGUUUCUUUGUUGAAGGACCCAGAGGAGAACCAGUGGUUGUUUUGGGGGUCAGAGAAGAAUACUAUAAACUGUUCUUGGUUUCUUUCUUCUAUUACAACAUAAGGUCUAUCUUCCCACUAUUGUUCUAUUGAAUCUUCAUUGCCUGUAGCUGGCAAUGAUUGCAAAACGUGUGGGCUUAUUCAUAAAAAGCCACAUGUGGACUUUCAGUGCAGCUUCUAAUCCUGCCACUUUGGACUUCUGGAGUUUCAGAUGCUCAUCACAUCAUGGACUACAGCUGAUGGAAAGCGCUGUUCCAUAUUCUCAUUACUUCAGUGAGUUUUCCUACUGAGCGGCAGCUCUUACAUUUUACCUUCAGCACAGAGCCUCUUCUGCACUUCCUUGCCCAUGGCCUUGACAUGGGUUACUUGUUUCAUGUUGACCUUGGGCAUGAAUAGUAUUUGGUGCUUCCUCACUAUCAGUGCAGAUGAGAAGGUUCUGCAUUGUUAGAACUGGUUAAAUAUAUGGGGAACAAUAACGAUUUACAAUACUGCCUUCUGAAGCUCUUGAAAGUUUAAGCUGUAGCCUGCUCAGAUGCCAUCAUAUCUGCUGGCACCUCCCAGAUUGUUCUUCUAAAUUAAUUGGCAAAAAACAGCUUAAUUACUUAAUUGCUAGAUUGUAUGUAAUGAUUUAGGAGAUGAACUUGACAAAACCAUGUCUCAGUGAAAGGCAUUGCCCAAGAAAAUCUGCCAAUUUGGGGUUGGGCUCUACGUUGUAUUUAAGUAUACUUACGUAAAUCUGUUGCAUACAUACAUGUAUUUAAUGUUAUGUCCACAUAUAUUAGCACAGCAGAUAUUCAGGAACAUUAAGUGAAACUAGCCAGGUUUGACUGAAUUAGCCAUGUUGCAAAAGGCAUCCUUCAAGAACGUUGAGGAAUAAUUGUCUUUUCAGGCUUGGAGUAAAUUGGAGGAAGGUAGUCCUUUGAAGCAGAAUCUCUAGCUUUUCGAGUGGCUGCUGUGACAAUGGUUCUGAAUUGUAGUCCAGCUACUCUUCUGUUGCAUCCCCUCCGUGUCUCCAGUUGUAUUGCCUUAUGAAUCCCACAUUGGGCAGCCUUUGAUACCUCAAGCAGAGAAAUUUCGCCUUAAGGGUCAACGUAUCUGCCCUUCCCACUUGAAGGUGGGAAGUCAUGGGGUGGGUACUCAACGUCAAGAACUGCAAAAGGCAGUUAUGAGUAUUUUCAUUCCAGUUGACCAAAACUUGAAUCUCAUUGCAGUUUGGCAUAAACAGAGGAGGAACUUCAUCUUCUACUUGGGGCUUUGUAGAUCUUGGUUUUUUUGUAUUCGUAGCUGGUGAGAAAUUUUGUAAAUGUUCUACUGUGAAUAUUGUCGCAUUUCUAUCAGAAGAGAUAGUCCCUUCUUUGCUGCCCAGUGGGAGAUUUCAUCCCUACGUUUCCUGGGCCAACUUUCUGAUGUCAAAACCUUACACUGGGGAGCAAGGUUGUGCUCUUAGUAUUUGCUCUAAUGAACCUUGAUGUUUACUCUUCAAAAUGGCAUAUUUAAACAGAGAUAUACAUGCAGUGAAACUUCUAGAUGAAUAGCAUAGCCAGUGUAUUCUUGUGUGUGUGUGUGUGUGUGUUAGACACUUGUUCAGGAUUCGUUCCAUAAUAGGGUUAUAAAACUUACAAGGACAUACACAGAACUGUUUUCAAUAGUGAAUAUUGAGUUGUUUCUUUUUUCUUUUUAAAAAACAAGAAUUACCAAGGGUAGGUAGACAGAUUCUUUUGGAUCUGUCAGUGAAAGUGAUCUUGGUAUUCCUGCCCAGUCAUCUUAUAAAGACAGCUGGAUCCAUCUUUUGAUUCUGUGCCAUAUUAAUCAUCCACACAACGGCCUUAGUUUUUCCUGAACCAUUUAACCAGUGUGGGGGUGCCUCUUGAUCACAGGAACGGAGACUUCACAUUUUCUUUCAGACCUACUUGCUGCUCGUAAAACAGGUGCCACAUGCUUUCUUUCCAGAUCACGAGAGAGCUGAGACGUUCAAAAAACGUCCCACGCCCUCUUUUCCAACCCAGUUAUUUGAUGAAAACCUGCAUUGCUAGCUAGCAAAACAAAUUGGGAAUUUUCUUUUUGAAUCGCUUCUCUCUAAUGCCUGUUGAAAAGUUUUCUUUUACAUGCAUUCCUCAAAGAGGUUACAAGACCAGCAUCUUGUAACCUCUUUGAGGGAGCGUUUUCUUUCAAUCUGUGAUUUGGCAGAGCUGUGAAGAUGGUUGCCCUAAGUUGCAACUUCUGUGAACUAGAAUUCUGGUUCUGGGCUGAAGCAACCAGAUCAUGGAGGCAUAAAGGGCUGCUGGUCCCAGAUCUGUACAGAAGUUGUUAGUCUCCUUCAAUAAAAAUAGUACCUUUAGCAGAAAAGAUACCUAAUAUUGUUUGCACUUACCUUGUGAGUGUUCUAGAGCUGGGAUUUUCCUUGUUUUAUUUUAAAUUUUAAGCUGGCAGGCUUUUUGCGGGGGAAGGAUAGCAGCAGGACAUGAUCACCUUUCAUUCUGAACCUUUUAAGAUAAAUUCAGGAUGUUGAGCAUCAGUUAGGAGUGUUCUUUGAAAGUCACUAACAGCUGGUUAACUACGUUCCGUGCCAAUGGAGGUGUCGUAUUUCCUUCUUGAAAGUGUGGAUGGAUUUUCCAUCCAGGGGAAAAAAUGCAGCUAGAGGGACACAUGCUCAGUUUACAGGCAGGUUGCGGGGAGGGAAUAGCGUAAAUUGGCUAACAAUCAGAAGAGGCAAGGAUUUGCAGCUUGUGUCCCUCUUGCCCCCUUCCAAAAUAGAAAGCCUUUGUGGUUUCUCUGCCUGUUUACUGAUGCAUCGCUUUGCAGCUUUCAUUGACCGGAGCCAAAUUCUUUGAAUCAAGGGUUGGCUCACAGGCUUUAUGGAAUGAGGCUUGAAAAAAAACUCUGAUUGUCAUGGAGCCCAAGGAUAGACCCCCUGGAAUGCCUUGGUCCUGGUUCUUAGCAUUUCCAUCCUUAUCACCUCCUCCUUUCAUAAAGUCUUGAAAGUUCCUAAAUUGGCUUCCACGAAUUGUUUGUAUCUAUAUGGACUCCUCUUGAGUUGCUUUUCCAUGUUUCUAACAUCUUGUGUGAUAGUUGAGGCUAAAGUUGUUUAUUGUUUUCAUUUACGACUGAAGAACUUCCUGGGACUCUUGUCAGAUGUUGCCUUUUGAGGACAACCAGAGACAGGUUAGCAUGUGCGCACUUUAACGUAGAGUACCUCAGUGUAGCUGUUCCUUUUGUGGCCUGCGUCAGCGGUUUGAUGCUUUCCCAUCAUGGAGGUUGAUUCUGUGUUUUGGAAAAAAAACUCACCUGGGUCCUUCGCUCAUAGCCAAAAUGCACCAACCCAUAAUGUACGAGAUGUCCAGGUUUCCUCUACAUCUGAGGUGGUGCAGUGGGAUGAUAUAUACCGCUGUUAGGGCUCAGGUUUUGAUGCAGCUGUGUUUUUUUAGGUUUAUUUUUCAAAGCAGGACCUUGUCAAAGGACUUUUGUGGAUCUUCAGGGCUGGAAGUUUCUCUAAUUGCUGGAAUUUUAGUUAAAUGUGUGGCUGUUACAAACAUCUAAAAUGUUUGGCUCUUAUAAAUCUGGGAAAUUGAAAGUUUAUUGAUGUUGCUGCAGCUAUCUGAAAUGGUCCUUCCUUUUCUUCUAGUGUUUUAGGACAGUUAGCAUCUUGGCAAAAAACCAAAAAUAAUCUUGUUCUUCAUGGCCAUACAAUCCUUCCUUAUUUUCUUAGUUGAAUAGCCUUCAAAUGUUAAAAGUUUUUGCUCAUUCUACCUAUCAAGGGACACUCAAACGUCAAAGUACAGUAUUUCCACCUUGGGGAACUAAAAAUAGAAUCACCCACUAAGAUAAUUUUAUUAAGAUUUUUCUUUUUAAAGAAAGUAGUACUUUUUUUAAUGUAAAAGCCAAACAGGUAGCAUUUUCCAACAAAAUUGUAUAUUUGGGUUUAUGGCUAUGUAGACUUUGUCUCAAAUGCUUUUUCUAUCUCAAAAUAAAAUGUUUGUGAAACAACUGCUUAUGUUUUAUUUCAAAGAAAUAAAUAUUUUACACACACG